AGCGCCUGCAGUACUCACUGCCCACAAAGCGCCAGCUGAGGGGCGGCUGCAGCCGGUUCGGCGUCGGCUGCCAGUUCCUCCGCUCCGCCGCGUCCCAGCGCCCCCGGAAGCCGGAUUGCCGCGCGAGUCCUGUCAGAGCGAGCAACGCGAGACCGCUUUUCGCCGUCUGCGGAGAGCAUUGAGCAGCCGGGCCUGCGUGUGGUGGCGACUCCCGCGACGGGACCGGGCAGCGGAGGGCCAUGGCUGAGGCGACCGCCGCUCCGACUUCUGAAUGGGACUCGGAAUGCCUUACAUCCCUGCAGCCCCUUCCUCUUCCUACACCUCCAGCAGCAAAUGAGGCACAUCUGCAGACUGCAGCCAUUUCCCUGUGGACAGUGGUGGCUGCUGUGCAGGCCAUAGAGAGGAAGGUGGAGGUCCACAGCCGUCGACUCCUCCACCUAGAAGGCAGGACAGGGACAGCAGAGAAGAAACUAGCAGGCUGUGAAAAGACAGUGACAGAGCUUGGGAGCCAGCUGGAUGGCAAGUGGGCCGUGCUGGGGACCCUGCUGCAGGAGUACGGGCUGCUGCAGCGGCGGCUGGACAACCUGGAGAACUUGUUGAGAAACAGGAACUUCUGGAUCCUGCGGCUGCCCCCGGGUAUUAAAGGAGAUAUCCCAAAGGUGCCUGUGGCAUUUGAUGAUGUCUCCAUCUACUUCUCCACCCCAGAGUGGGAAAAAUUAGAAGAAUGGCAAAAGGAGCUUUACAAGAAUAUCAUGAAGGGCAACUACGAGUCUCUCAUCUCCAUGGAUUAUGCCAUGAAUCAACCUGAUGUUUUAUCUCAGAUUCAACCAGAAGGAGAGCACAGUACAGAUGACCAGCCAAGACCAGAAGCAAGUGAAAUCCCUGCAGACCCCAGUGAAGAGCCUGGCCUUUCAACUUCAGAUAUUCUGUCUUGGAUUAAACAAGAGGAAGAGCCUCAGGUUGGAGUCCCCCAGGAGUCUAAAGAGAGUGAUCUGUACAAAGGUACCUAUGCUGAUGAAGAACUUGUCAUCAAAGCUGAAGACCUUGCUAGAGCUUCCUUGUGUCCUGAAGUUCCAGUAGCCUUCUCUGUGCCACCACCAGCAGCAGCCAAGGAUGCAUUUUCAGAUAUAGCUUUCAAAAGCCAGCAGUGUACACCCAUGGCACCUUUUGGACGAACAGCCACUGACCUGCCUGAAGCUUCAGAGGGACAAGUGACCUUUACUCAGUUAGGAAGCUACCCACUCCCACCUCCAGGUGGAGAGCAGCUGUUCUCAUGCCACCAUUGUGGCAAGAGCCUCAGUCAAGACAUGUUAAUGACACAUCAGUGUAGCCACACUGCUGAUCACCCCUUAACCUGUGCCCAGUGUCCUAAGCACUUCGCCCCACAAGCAGAUAUCGGUAGCACCUCCCAGGAUCAUGCCAAUGAAACACCACCCACCUGCCCUCACUGUGCGCGGACAUUCACGCACCCCUCACGACUCACAUACCACCUUCGUGUCCACAACAGCACUGAGCGCCCUUUCCUCUGUCCUGAUUGUCCCAAGCGCUUCGCAGACCAGGCUCGACUCACCAGCCAUCGGCGAGCUCAUGCUACUGAGAGGCCCUUCCGUUGCCCACAGUGUGGUCGUAGCUUCAGUCUUAAGAUCAGUCUCCUGCUUCAUCAGCGGGGACACGCACAAGAGCGCCCCUUCUCCUGUCCUCAGUGUGGGAUUGACUUCAAUGGCCACUCUGCGUUGAUUCGUCACCAGAUGAUCCACACAGGCGAGCGUCCCUACCCGUGCACAGACUGUAGUAAGAGCUUCAUGCGUAAGGAACACUUGUUAAACCACCGGAGGCUGCACACAGGUGAGCGGCCUUUCCAGUGUCCGCACUGUGGCAAGAGCUUCAUCCGCAAACACCACCUCAUGAAGCACCAGCGCAUCCACACAGGCGAGCGGCCAUACCCCUGUGCAGUGUGCGGAAGGAGCUUCCGCUACAAGCAGACGCUCAAGGACCACCUACGGACCGGUCACAGUGGAGGCUGUGCGGGUGAUAGGGACCCUUCUGUACAGCCACCAGACCCACCUGGUCCACUCUUAACUGCCCUGGAAACCUCUGGCCUAGGUGUUAGCACUGAAGGUCUAGAAUCUAGUCAGUGGUAUGGGGAAGGGAGUGGAGGGGUGGUUUUGUAGAUCUGAGGCCUUUUGGUUAUUUAUGUUCACAGCAGAGUAGAAAGUCCAGGAGAAAGCCCACAAGUUCAGAAACAUAUAGUAAUUAUAUCUGUUACAUAAAGGAAUUUGAGAUCUACACUUACCUAAAGACAUGCUUGUGCUUUGGAAAUCCACAGCAGUACAAGAAUACCAUCUUUUGAAAACUGGAAGAGAAUCCAGCACCCCUGUCUUGUCAGAUACCACAAAAGCAGAGUUACAAAAGAAGAUAUGGCUUCUGAUCAUCCUGUCAGAGUUGCAGAGUGAAAGUAGACUGCCUCUAGGUAAAGACAGGUGCAUGGCAAAAGCUCCAAACCUUGAAGCCAUCAAGAGGCAUGAGAAUGCGCAGAGCCUUUCUCUAAUUGCUCAGUGGUGAGAUGAGUGUUGGAGGAUGUGCUUUAGCCACUUGUUGUGUUGCCAUGUGUCUGAAGCCAGCUAAGCUCUGUUCAUACCAGUGAAGUCACCUUUCCCGAAACGUGAUGACUGAGGCUGCAUUCCUAGGCCCAGAUUCUGUCUGCUAAUACAUUUUUGUUUAAUGUUGGUGAACAAGAACUCUGACUUUGAUAGCUUAUUUAAGGGAACAGCUUAGCUUUACUAGCUUAAUUUGAAAUGUUCGGAGUCUUGUGGCAGCUGUUAAAAGAGUAGAGAACUUCACCACAGCCCUGGUUAGGAAAUUAGGAGAGUUUUCUCUCCAGGUUUAUUUAGGAGCUAAAGAUCCCAGAGAUCCUACGCACAACAGUGAUCGCAUGGCCUAAAAAGUUUUAUCAACUCAUCCCUUCUCUUUUCCAAGCCAGUAAUCUUGUUUUUCCAUUUCUGGUGUUUGAUUCUCUUUUUCUGUCUUUUGAGACUGGGUCUCAUUGUGUAUACUGGCCUGGAACUUUUGCUUUGUAGACCAGGCUGGCCUUGAACUUACAGAAAUCUGCCUGACUCUGCCUCCUGUUCUGGGUGUACCACAAUUCCCAACCAAUUUUCUUUACAGUCCUCAGCAGCAAAGAUCACAGCACUUUUUCAAGGCAUCAAGCACUUCAGAAAGUGCGGCUGAGGUCAGGGCUUUUGUUCCAUUGGUAGUGUGAUGUUCUUAAGGAUAGGAUUUCUACCUUGUCUGCUCCUGCUUCAUUGGCAGUUGAGGAGACAAGAGACCUCUCUCAGUCACCAAGAGCUAAGUAUCAUAUCUGUCUUACUUGUUGUGCUAUUUUUUUCAGACAGGGUUUCACUGUGGGGUCCUGGCUGUCUCGGAACUCAGAGAUCUACCUGUCUCUUGCAUCUAGAGUGCUAGGAUUAAAAGCAUGCUGUCAUGCCCAGCCACCUGUUGUACACUGAAGGGUCAUGGAUACCUUAUGUUCUUUUCUUAGGCUUUCUUAGUCAUUUGAGAGCAUCUGAACCUAGUUCCAUCCCUAAGUGUCUGGGCAGCCAGGUGUCUGUCUUCUUUUUUCAACUCUCACAUUUUUAUCCCCAAGAUGAGGCUGUUAAAAGGUAAGCCUCUAGAAAUCUUAAAAAGAAAGAAAAAUCUUGUGAUACAAUUCUCUGCCAAAAUCCUGUCCUUUUUUUGGGGGAGGGGGGCUGCUUCUGACCAGACGAAUCUAAAUGAGACAGAAAAACCAAAGCAGGAACUUAUGUAGAAACUUGGUGGGAAUUAGCCUGCCUUGUUGUUCUUCCCUUACUAGGUCCAGAAGUAGACAGAGAAUGUAGAAGCCUACACAUGGGGCAGAAAGCUUUUGUUCCCACGCCCCCCUUUACCUCAGAGUCUUGUAUAAUGUCUAGAAUGAGAUGUGGAAUUGCUUAGCCGUGAUACUUUCUGGAUGUGAGGAGUGCUUCCCCUUAUCACUAGACCCAACCUUCAAUCUGCAUAGCGAAUACAAUCACAGUUGUAUGAAAUGGUGUUUGCCUAAUUAAUGUGCUCCUGGCAAAGUUCUGUCUGAAGAUGUUGGUCUUCAGAAUAAUUACACACAUAAAACUCUGUUUUGUGACAUUAAUAGCAGCAAGGAUCCUGAGAGACACAAGAAGUCAGUGUGAGACCUGGUCUGCUGUCAUGACUUUCAGCAUGUAGGCAAUGAAAGCCCCAUGGAUGGUGCCAGCUGAUAGUAGAGCCAUACUAAAUUGGGAUGAAGAACCAAAUCCCCCAAAUCAGGUUUCCAGGUUCAUUAAUGACCCUUAGGGACCGGAAAAAGUCAAAGCAUCAUCCACAGAUGAGGAAAGCAUUUGCUAGAGCUGAGGAAGUGUUACCUACUGAACCUGUGAUGGAGAACUAGAUAACAUCUAAAAUUCAUCUGAACCCAACAGAUUUACCAAAUAUACACAGUUAAUAGUUGGAGACCUGUGUGCAAGAGUGCUGCAGAUGUAGCCUAAUGUCUGAUCUGUAAGGGGACAUAGCCAGCAGGGAUCUAAACUGGCCAAAGUGGAUUAUAGUUCAAAUAACAACUGAACAAGAGCCACACAGCCAGCUGGGUGUUGGUGCUGCACACCUUUAAUGCCAGUGCUCACAGGAGGCAGAAACAGGAGGAUCUCUGAAUCCAAGCUCAGCCUGGUGUGUAGAGGGAGCUCCAGGACAGACAGCCAGGGCUACACAGAGAAACCUAUCUUGAAAAGCAGAAACAAAAGCCAUAAAACCAAGUGAAAAGGAAUGUGCUGGGCCAUCCCCAAAACAAACAAAAAAACCCAUAAACAUGUGGGAUCCUAAUCACUAGUCUGACUGAAAGCAGGGACUUCAGCUAUUGUAUAGUUAUUUUUUUCCAUUAGCCAAUCUUCUAUCAGGUAGAACCCAUUUGUUGUCAAAGAUUCAGAAGUGGCUCAUUGGAAACUCUACCAUCUAACAAAAGUUUUCAGCAAAUAGAAUCUCUUUGCCACCUGGUGCCUUGAGAGAAACUAUACAUUUAGUCCUGUAAUUAAAGCGGCACCUGGGGCGUAGUGCUCAUGACCAGUCCCUGUAGAGAAGAAGGAGCCCUGUAGAGAAGAGUCCUGUUCACCUGCCCCCUAUGUGGUGGCAUAAAGACUUGCUCAGAGUGUAUGCAGGAGUUGGCACCAACCAAAUUUACUGCUUGCUAGAUUCUUUUUGAUUGUGGACAUUGAAUGAGCCUGAAGUUCAGCCACAGAUAUGAAAAUAAAUGUAAAUUGGUUAAUUGUUUAGAAAGUGAAACAUGAUUGAUCCCUUUCUACUGCAAAUUGGAUAAUGGAAACACCUUAGGCAUGAACUCUAGAGAGCCAUGCUCUCCAUUACUUCCUCAUUAGUAAACUCCAUAAAGUUUCUGGUAGGGACUCCCCCAGGCUUCUCUUGAGAUGAUACUUAUCUCAGCCAGGCCCUGUGGCUUAUGAAACAAUAACAAAUUCUAUCUCAGUCCCAAAAAAGUCUCACUGAAAAAAAAAAAGUACCUAAGUUCCUUUAUCUAUUUCAAUGGAAUGAAAGACCUAAGUUUAUGUCAUAAUUCUUGAGAGAGACGGGGCAUUCCUUCCCUCCUUUUAUGCUUUAGCUUCUUAGACAACAAAGCAGCCUCUGGAGUUGCCUGGGUAGCAAGGAAACAUUUUCAGAUGAUGAUCUGAUGUUGUUAUGUACAUAUAUGUGUCUGUCUGAGUUGAUAUUUUUGACUCUUCACUCUGGUUCUCUGUAGCAAAGAGGCAGGGCUUCUGAUGCUAGACUUAGAUUCAAGUCUCAAGUAAUAUAAUAUUUUACCUUCUGAAAGGUAAAUUUUGUUAUUAAGGCUUCUCAGAGCUUUAAAACCUACAGCAUAACAUUUUAAAGAAGAGCCAAUGUGAAAGGUAGUCAGUCACACAGCCAGGCUGAACUGGAAGUGGGAAGUGUUAAGAACCAAGGUUUGGCCAAGUGUGAUGGCUCACACCUGUUAUUCUGUUACUUAAGAAGCUGGGACAGGAGGAUUGCUGAGAAUUCAAGGCCAGUAGAGCCUACAUAAGAAAGCCUUGUUUUUAAAAGUGGGAGGAGAUGAGGAGGCGCUAAAGAGAUGGCUCAGUGCUAAGAGCACUUGCUGCUUUUGUCAGAGAACCUGUAUUCAGUUCCCAGCACCCACAUGGCUAUUUAAGAGAUCGGAUGCUCUCCUCUAGCCUCUGCAGCCACUAGACAUGCAUGUGGUACACAUAUAUACUUGUAGGCAAAACACAUAAAAACAAAAUCUUUAUAAAAAAACAAACACCCAUACACAUAAAAACAAAAUCUUUAUAAAAAAACAAACAAUUGUUUCACAGAAAUACAUUACUGCUAGCUGAUCCAGCAGUUCACUAGCUUCUUUUGUAUAUAUUUAGUAUGAUCUCUUACUGAUUUACUACACCCUCCCCAUAAGUUUCUGAUGCCACAAUUCCCUAUGGCGCUGAUUUUCUACUGAUUUUUCUUUCUUCUCCUACUUCUCUUUUAAGUUUUUUAGAUUGCAUGUGUCAGUAUUUUGCUUGCAUGUAUGUAGGUGCACCAUAUACAUGCCUGAAGCCUGUAGAGGUCUGAGAGGGUUUUAGAUCCUGUAGAAUUGGAAUUAUGGAUAGUUGUGAGCCACCACGUGGGUGCUGGAAAUUGAACCUGGGUCCUCUGUAAGAACAAGUCCUCUAAGCCACUGAAUUAAAAAAAAAAUUGGUUAUUCUUGUUUAUUUUUUCAAGACAAAGUCUACUAAGUAGCUCUAAUGGUCCUGGAACUCAUUCUGUAGACCAGGCUGGCCUUGAACACACAGAAAUCUGAAUGCCCCUGCCUCCCAGUUGCUGGAAUUAAAGCUGUGUACCACAAUGCCCAGCUUAAAGAAUUUUUUUUAAAUUCUUCUCUUUUAUAUUACAUUCUGAACACAGUUCCCCCUCCCUCCUACCCUGCCAGCAGCCUUCCUGCACCCUGCUCCCAUUCACUCUUCCAAAAAAGGGCAGGCCUCCCAUGGAUAACAUGGCAUAUCAAGUUAUAGGGCAACUGAACACCACCCCUGGUAUUAAGAUUGGAAGAAGAAACCAGUAGGAGGAAAAGGGUCCCAAAAGCAGUCAAAAGAGUCAGAAGACAGCCCCUGCUCCUACUUUUAGGAGUCCCACAGGAAGACCAGGGAACACAACCAUAACAUAUGCAGAGGGCCUGGGUCAGACCCACAUAGGCUCCCUGGCUGUCAGUCUCUGUGGUUCUGUGGGUAAAACAAAGAAUUUCUUAAAAUAUUCUUUUAAAUAUUUCCAAGUUUUUCUUAAUUUAGAUUCUGUAAUGGGAAAUCUAGCCCAGUUCCUCUUCCCAUGCUCAUCUUAGUUCAGGCAGCUACAGUCAGCAGUAAAAUUCCUCUGGCCUCUGCACCAGGGCCUGUGGACUUGCUGUUCAGGAAUGGGAACAAUACAGUGUUUUAGUGCUGCCAGAAAGGACAGAUUCUGUUUAAUGUCCAUCAAGGUUUCUUCUUCACAAGCAUUACCAUAAGGCCAAAGCUUAGUAUCCUUGUUCAAAGAACCUAGAAGAUUCUGCUUAUCUUGUAAAAGAAGUCACUUGUCACUUCAACUCAAGGGCUGGAGAGUUGAUAUUCUUUUCUGACCCUCCUCCCAUUUUUGUUUGUUGUUUAUUGAAAACAGAGUCUCACUUGUGUAACCAAGAUUGCCUCAAACUCACACUUUUGUCUCUGCUUCCUUAGUGAUGGAAUUACAGAUGAGUUCCCCCACUUGACACCUCCUCCUUUUUUAUUUUUGCUUUUUUGAGACAGGGUUUCAUGGAUCCCAGGCUGACUUCAAACAUGAUAUAUAGCCUAGGUUACUUUGAACUCUGAUCCUCCUGCCUCUGCCUGGCUUUAUGGAGUGAUAGGGAUCAACCUGAGCUUUGUACAUGUUAGGCAAACACUCUACAACUUAGUCCCCAAGCCUCUCCUUUUUAAAGAAUUGACCACAGUCAUAGACAUAUGAUGGCUUGGUCACCUUUGAUAAGUUAACUGUCCCUCCAUAUCAUGUCUAAGACCACCCAGGAGGGCAGAUAGUACAGCCUCAAAAGCAGGGCAUUCCUAGGUUCUCAAAUCAGUCAGGUUACAUUCCAAAUAAAGGGCUUGAUAAACCUCA